CUCUCAAAGUGCGUCGCCCGCCUUUCUCUCAGUCGCUCACCUUUUCACUCCUUCUCCCUCCGUCUGUUUCUCUCUCAACACAAACACACUUCAGUUUGACUUUUUUUCCUCAAAGAUCUUCUCUACUUCCCUCUUGGUUGUUUUUUUACAGGAUUUUUCCACUUCUUCUGCUUAAAAAAAGACCGGAAGACGCUUCAAGUGACUCCAACGUCAGUAUGUGUUGUGUGAGUUGGUUGCUGCUGGGGACCUGCCUCCUGGUCCUGGGCCCCGCGGUGCAGGGCGCCCCGGGCCAGUGUCCCAGCCUGUGCCACUGCCACGGCGAUCUUCAGCACGUCAUCUGCGACAGCGUCGGGCUGAAGAAGAUCCCCCGGGUGUCGGAGGUCACCCGCUUGCUGAACCUGCAGAGGAACAACCUGGGCAGCAUCCCCACGGGGGCCUUCGGCGAAAGCAAGGGGCUCAUCUCUCUGCACAUGCAGCACUGUCAGCUCCGAGAGAUCGGAUCCCAGGCCUUCAAGGGGCUGAAGAAGCUUGUCUACCUCUACCUGUCCAACAACGAGAUCAGCAGCAUCAAGCCCGGCGCCUUCGAGGACCUAACCGAGCUCACCUACCUCUACCUGGACGGGAACCAGAUCGGUGACCUCGCCAGGGGCAUCUUCUCCCCCAUGAUCAACCUCUUCAUCCUGCAGCUCAACGACAACAAGCUCCGGGAGCUGCGACCGGGGACUUUCGCGGGCACCAAGGACUUGCGCUGGCUGCACAUGAGCGGGAACGAGCUGACGACCCUGCAGCCGGGCUCCCUGGACGACGUGGAGAACCUCGCCAUACUUCACCUGGAUAGGAACAGGAUGUCCAGCUACCCCACUGCGGCCAUGAGCAAACUGCGGGUGGUGGAGGAGCUCAAGCUGGGGAAGAACCCCAUGAGGACCAUCCCUGACAUCGCCUUCCAGAGCUUUGGGCGCUACAUGGAGAAACUACACCUGGGCAACAUGGGUCUGGAGAAGUUCUCAGACGGUGCGUUCACCGGUGUGACGGCUAUCAAGUCACUGAACCUGGACAACAACAAGCUUAAGUCUCUCCCCAAAAGCCUUGACUUCGGCACCAUCACCAACCUCACCCUCUCCAACAACCCGUGGAGCUGCACGUGCCAGCUAGCUCCACUGCGCAGGUGGAUGGACUCUAGUCGCAUUCGUCCGGACGCAGUGUGUGCAUCUCCGCCUCACCAGAAAGGAAAGCAAGUGAGAGACAGCGCCUCCUUCAGUGGCUGCAGAGUCAAGCCGAAGAGAGCCAAAAAGGGCACGCGCCAUUGAGCAUGCUGCUGUGCAGAACUUUCUGUCCUCCCGUCUGAACUUUUCCAUGUUGGCCCUGGGGUCCAGUACACCGAGUCCAGGUCAUGAUAGUCUUUGGGUUGGACGGCAGACUUUGUUUAAUUUGGCUGCUGAUUUUGUGUCUUUUCCUACAGGACACGCCGAAGGAGGAGCCCGUCCAGGUGACUGGCUACACAUGCGACGAAAAGCAAUGCUAACUCAUUCUACUUCAAGACUGUCCAUCUAUUCAUCUGCCAAAUAAUGUCACUAGUUUAAACACAUUGAUGUACACACACUUGCUCUCUCCGUCUCCAAAACACAUCAAGAGCUUUAUGGACCUGAGACGUAACCUUUCUCUUUUGAUUAUCAUCUAUUUACAUCAAAGACAUUCAGGUAACCACCAAAAUACAGGACACAUUCGAGUAAAUGAAGGGGCAUGUUGUCUUUUCAUGGUGCAUUCAGGAUCUUCAGGAUAAACCGUGAAUACAAACAGUCUGAAUGUUAUGAGGAUGAUGGUCAAUAAAAGUUUCAAUGUUUUUAUUAGCAUGAAGAUAAACUCAAACCAGAUGAGCUUAAAGGAAAUAUUCUUAGAGAGAUCAAUACCACUCUUAGGUUUGGAAGCUACAGCCGGUAGCUUAGCUUAGCAUAAUGAGGGAAACAGCUAGCCUGGCUCUGUCCAACUGUUACAAAAUACUCCCAUCAGCACCAUAAAAGCUCAUUAAUUAACAAGUAAUAUCUUGUUUAUUUAAUUCAUACAAAAAGUUGAAAGGAACUCUUUCCACACACUCAUUUGAUCCACUAAUGAUGAAGAGAAUAAUUAUUAGUGCAGCUUUAAUAUACUGGACAUGAAGCCACCUUUAUUUUGGUGUUUACCUGUGUUAAAAAUUAAUAAACAAUGGCUCUAAAAAAUGCUAAAGAGGCAGAGAAACACAUCUUCCAAACCACAAAACAACAAUCAGUUGAAGAAGACGCUUAAAAGACAAUAAGACUUUGAAGAUGUGGGUCGGCUUAUUAGAUGAAUCAAUCUACAAUCUGCUUUCUUUUAGCAUCUAUGAAACUGGAUUUGGUUGUUUUUUGUUAAGAAGAAGUUAAUCUAUUACUAGAUGUAUACGUUAUUCUGUCUUCACUUUAAUGCAAAAUCUUAAUAACAGACUAAACAUUUUCUCAAACACUUCACUGAUUUAAAUUGUAAAGAAAGAGUGAAGAAUUUCAGCUGGGAGGGUUACUGCCUGUUCUGCAUAUCUAUAUGUAUAUUCAAUAUCUUUACAUUUCCUUGACUUUUGGAAGUGGUGGCAGGUGUUCACAUCCAAUAAACCUUUUACAAAAUCAGGUCUCCUUUUUAUCUUACAUACUUAUUUACUUUACUUCCUUUACUGACCAACUGAAUGUUCAGGCUGUUGCUAAAUCUAACGGACGUUUCUCCAAGGAUGUGUCUCCCCCUGGUGUUUGGAAGCUGAACUGCAUCAUUAUGUGAACUAAACUAUAACAACAACAGUAUUCUGUGUCUGUUAAUCAACUCACCGUUAUUUCCUUGAUGCCCAUCACAGAAAUGACCUUCUUCACGAGAUCUGGAGGACACGGGGAGCCUCCCAUGACGCCUACGGUUACACAAACAAAUAGAAGCGCAUGUAACCUGAGAACGUUUAUGGAAAUAGUCUCAGACAAAAACUAACUAACAGGAAAAAAGGCUUUACAUCAUUGAAAAGGCCCCUUCUUUUAUACAACAGCAGAAUAUCAAUCUUUUUCUCACCUGCCAGGACUGACGACAAGUCAUGUUUGGCCACUUCCUGCUGGCUGACCAUAUCCACAAACAUGGUGGGGGUGCCGUAGAUGAAGGUGCACCUGUGAGGGAAAACAGACAAACAUAUCAGAAUGCAUAAUCUUCACUUAUAAAAGCAAAAACCGCAAAACGUAUGGGCAUGUCUUUAUUUUUCAUUUCAAACUCAAAAACAUUAUUUGAGGCAAUAAAGGC